AUGUAACAAAAGCAGCAGGAUGAAACAUUGAAAUAACGCGCGCGUGUGUCAAGCGCUUGCCUUUACGCGGGAACCGAUUAGUAGCAGCGCAACGCGGCACCGACAGCUCACGCGCACGGGUCCAUUCAGCGUGUAAGGUCCGGCUGACACCGGCGGUAAGCGUGCUCAAGGUCUUGGCAAGAGGAGCACCGGGGUCAGGGUGAGAAACGGGACCGGUCCGGAGAAACCUCCGCCGCAGCGUGACAGGAGAACGUACGGGGCCGACAUGGACGAGCAGCCGCGCCUGAUGCACGCUCACGCGGGCGUGGGGAUGAGCGGGCACCCGGGUUUGUCUCAGCACAUACCGGAGAACAGCGACGGUGACGGGAGAAAGCAGGACAUUGGAGACAUCUUACAACAGAUCAUGACCAUCACAGACCAGAGUCUGGACGAGGCGCAGGCCAGGAAACACGCUCUUAACUGUCACAGAAUGAAGCCGGCUCUAUUUAACGUCCUGUGUGAAAUCAAAGAGAAAACCGUGUUGAGUAUCCGUGGCGCCCAGGAGGAGGAGCCUCCCGAUGCCCAGCUGAUGCGAUUGGACAACAUGCUGCUGGCAGAGGGCGUGUCCGGGCCGGAGAAAGGAGGCGGGUCUGCGGCGGCGGCUGCGGCGGCUGCUGCGUCGGGUGGAGUGGGAGCCGAUAAUUCAGUAGAGCACACGGAUUACAGAGCAAAGCUCACUCAGAUCCGUCAGAUCUACCACACAGAGCUGGAGAAAUAUGAACAGGCGUGUAACGAAUUCACGACUCACGUGAUGAACCUGUUGAGGGAGCAGUCUCGCACGCGGCCCAUCUCGCCCAAAGAGAUCGAGCGUAUGGUCGGCAUCAUCCACCGCAAGUUCAGCUCCAUCCAGAUGCAACUGAAACAGAGCACCUGCGAGGCCGUCAUGAUCCUGAGAUCGCGCUUCCUCGAUGCCAGGAGAAAAAGACGAAAUUUCAACAAACAAGCCACAGAAAUCCUGAAUGAAUAUUUCUACUCGCAUCUGAGUAACCCGUAUCCCAGCGAGGAGGCCAAAGAGGAGCUGGCGAAGAAAUGCUCCAUCACAGUGUCACAGGUGUCCAACUGGUUCGGAAACAAACGAAUCCGAUAUAAGAAGAACAUCGGAAAGUUCCAGGAAGAAGCCAACAUGUACGCGGCCAAAACGGCGGUCAGCGCCGCGAGCGUGUCUGCGCAUGGCAGCCAGGCCAAUUCACCGUCUACUCCAAACUCAGCAGGUUCUGCUGGCUCUUUUAACAUGUCAAACUCUGGCGAUUUAUUUAUGAGUGUUCAGUCUUUGAACGGGGAUUCGUACCAAGGCUCUCAGGUGGGAGCCAAUGUGCAGUCACAGGUGGAUACCCUUCGCCACGUUAUCAGCCAGACAGGAGGAUACAGUGACGGCCUCGCAGCAAACCAGAUGUACAGUCCGCAGGGCAUCAAUGCAAACGGUGGUUGGCAGGGCCCCACGACUCCCUCCUCCGUCACCUCCCCAACAGAAGGACCCGGAAGCGUCCACUCCGACACCUCAAACUGAUCCCCACAUCCCAUCACAACCCUGUUCACCGCACAGAACGGACGGACGAGACACUCCAUUCAUCGCACACGUUUGUGUGUAAAUGACUUUUGUAAACACACGAGAGUAUCAUCAGACCUUUACGUUACAGUGCUCAUGCUACCUCGCAAACAUUUAUAAAGAAUAGCGACAAUAAACCAAUCAUGACAAAGAUAAUAGGGAGUUUAGUAUAGACGUAUAGAUCUAUAUCAACCCAUCUUAUCAUUCAAUGCCUUCAUCAUCUUAACAAACAUUGCAUUACCAUAGUGCCAAAGUACUUUGAUACAUUAACACAUCUUAAUAAACAUUUUUGUGUAUAUUGUAUUUUUACCUCAACCUUUUGUUUAUUUUUAAAAGCAGUCCAUUGGGUUUAUACACUCACGUUGAAAAUCAUUUUUAUGUUUGAUUCAUUUCUGAAGGUAAUUGUAAAAUACUUUUUUCGAUGAUCACGCUUUCAUUUCUUCAUGUAAUCCCGACGAGGCAUCCGAUAAGUUGAACAAAUUCCUAUUUUAAAUUAUAACUCAAUUUUGCUCUGCUGCAAUAAAAGGCAAUCAAAAGAAGCGAACGAAUCCGAAAUGUGAAUUUUCACCGCGCCGUUUUUUCCAGUUUCGCACCACGUGAGCCUGAUCAUCGGGCGAUCUUGAUACCAAAAACCACAGACGUGUCCGUUCUUCACAUCGCUAUCACUUUAUUAAUAUUGUUCAUGUUGUAAAUUGUGUAAUAUCGUCGGCAUUGGGCGACGGCCCGGUGCGGUAGACUCGAAACCAAAAAUCCAGUUCUGUCGUGUUUCUUGAAAUGAAAAGAAAAUCAAAUGAUGGCACACAAAUGCAGAAAUUGUUUGGAUAUAUUUUUGAUGCCCUCCUGUUGUGAAUAGCCAUUCUCGUUUCUUAUUUCAUAUCCGGCUUGUUUACAGGGCAGCCAUAUAUUUAGUUUCCUCACGAGCGUAAUGUGAAUGAGAAUGCGCGCUAGCUUCUAUAUGUAGAUGUGCACCUUUAAUCUUCAUUUGCUCUUUUGAUUACAAUCGCGUCCAUAUACAGACUGAAAAGGAAUGAGAGAAGUGGGAUAUGAGGAUAUUGCAUUGCAGUGUCGAUGAACACGAACUGAAUGAUUUUCGGAGCGAGCGUGAGGUCAUCUAGAGGAAUUUGACCUCUAGAUGGUAUCUGCUCGUAGUCUUGUAAGAAACGUUUUAAUGGCUUCAGAUUCAGGAUCCCUUUGCUCAUAAUGUUUGUAUCACUGCCUGCCCAGCAGCACCAACAGGUCCAGAGAAGCCUCAUGUGAUGAUGCUUUUAGUUUUUGCAUAUAAAGCAGUUUGUAAAACAUCAAAUGUUUACUUUCUUGCAUGUCUUUCGUUCUUUCAAAUCCUGCAGUGUUUUUGAAUGUUUCUUCUUUUUUUUUUAUAUCAAGCGCUGAGACGCUCUCUUCUCCAGUUUUAACUUUUAAGAUCUCUGCAUAUGUACAAAAGGAAAAACAUUGAACGGCAACCGUUGUCUUUCUGAUUCCAACUUGUUUUUGUGAAGAUAAAACUAACAAGGUGUAGGUUUUUGGUCCCUUCAUUUAUACUGGUAAUGCAUAUUCUGAAUAAAUAGUUUCUUUUGUUGCUAUA